AUGUCGAAAGCCCUGACCUCACAGAUCCGACGCAAACGGAUCCGGUACCCAAGGGUCCGAAUAUGGGCGAAAGAUCCGAUUCAAAGCUCCAACGUUGGUUCCGGUUCAAGCCAAGGAACCAAUUUGAAAUCCGCGCUGCUAGUCCGGUUUGGCUACAUUUUUUGGUGCCGAAACCCGGGAAUCGCCAGGUUCCCAUUGUUCUCGACCAGUUUGGAGAGGUUACCUCAUCGUCAUCGGAUAGCUGCGUUCGGAGGUUCCUAUCGCAUCGACUGGACCCUAAACCGGAUAUCAUCGCCCCCGCAACAUCUACAGACUGGAUUUCAUCAAUUUGGAGGAUUUUCGACCGAAUUACAGCAGCAACGGAGGAAGUUAGUCGCACCACGUGGACACGGAACGCAGGUUUGGUCAAAUGAGCUUUAUCGGGAAUUUAAUGAAAUUCAAAGUGAGAUCGAGGCCGAGGAAGAAUUGUCUGAGGAAUUUUCAGAAACACGUGCCAAUGUCGAAAAUGAUUAUUUCAUGCUAAAAGGUAAUUUGGCGGCAAAAUUAGACGCCAUUGCUCCCAACAAUUCACCUCAAUCCCCCUUAGCUCCACCUGCACAUGUUCCCUCUGUCCGUCUCCCUGAGAUUAAAAUUCCGGAAUUUAGUGGAAAUUUCGAUGAGUGGAUGAAUUUUCACGAUUUGUUCACAACCCUCAUCCAUGUGAACCUGCAACUUUCGUCCAUACAAAAGUUUCAAUAUUUGAAAGCAGUUCUCAAGGGAGAAGCUCUCAGGCUCAUCGAAUCGUUGGAAGUUUCUGCGACUAACUACACUAUCGCGUGGGAUCUUUUAAAUAAACGGUACGAUAAUAGAAAUCUGCAAAUUAAGCAACAUUUUUCGGCACUUUUAUCCACACCUUCUGUUCGGAAAGAAUCUUCAUCAGCCCUCGCCAAUUUGGUUGAUGAAUUCGGAAAACACGUGAGCGUUCUUAACAAAUUAGAAGAUCCGAAGGAUCAUUGGAAUUCUUUCCUUGUCGAAACUCUGAGCAGCAAAUUAGAUCCAGUUUCACAGAAGGAGUGGGAAAAUCAAUUGUGUGACGACAUUCGACCAACCUACGAAUCGAUAUCGAUUUAUCACUCAGCCAAUAGUGAUCUGCCGAAAUGCAUCUUAUGCAAACAAGCGCACCUUUUGAUGCAGUGCGACGAGUUCAAAAGGCAAACACCUCAAAAACGUUUCGAAAUCGCCAAAAGACAUGGUCUUUGCCUCAAUUGCCUAAAAUCGUCGCAUUUGAUGAAAAAUUGUACUUCUGGAUCGUGUCGAACAUGCAACAGGAAACAUCACACCUUGUUGCAUAUGAACUCAUUCAAACCAUCGUCCAUUCACGAUGAUGAGCAAAAUACUAUCGCUGCACAAAUUGCGCAAUCCUAUUCACACUCACAAUCGGCACCGGUCGUCGAUCCUUCGUCGUCGGUUACGUGCAUUGCCGAUCAAUGUCACGUGCUCCCUCGGGUACAGGGAGUGCCCUCGUCGUCGGUUGGGCCAAGUAAACAUUCGUCGUCUUUCGUUCCCUCGUCGGAUGGGCAUCCGUCAGGUUCGGCUCAAAACACAACACAUGUGACCAAUUGCCAUACACAAUCAUUUUUCUCGAAACCAUCCCAAUCAGCUGUUUUCAUGCUGACUGCAUACGUUAAGGUCAAGGACCUCGCAGGCAACUUUUUACACGCUCGUGCCUUGCUUGACUGUGCUUCCGAAGCCAACUUCGUUUCCGAACAUUUGGCACAACAGCUUCGCUUGAAACGUACACCAGCAAACGUCGAUGUGUAUGGUAUCAGCCAGUCAGUCCAAAGAGUAAAAGAUCAAGUCCCGAUCACCAUUGCCUCUCGAUCCGGCAAAUUUGUCACAAGCAUGGAAUUUUUCGUGUUGCCUGUCUUGACCAGAGUUCUUCCAUCUACAAAUGUAGACAUUUCGAAGUGGGUAAUUCCUCGCAACCUUCCCCUUGCAGACCCCAAGUUUAAUAUUGCGCACGACGUUGACCUUAUCAUUGGAAUCAAAUCAUUCUUCUCCAUCUUAGAGAAUGAUCAGAUAUCGCUUGGCCAAGGUUUUCCAAUUCUACGAAAAACUGUUUUUGGGUACGUCGUCGCGGGUGAAACAAACGCACAACCAAAAAGUCCCGCCGUGGUCUGCAAUGUUUCGUCCAUCGAUAAUCUGGACUCUGCAAUUCGAAAAUUUUGGGAAGUGGAAAGUUUCGAGAAAGGCAAAUCUUUAAGCUUGGAAGAACAAUAUUGCGAGACGCAUUUCUUGAAAACCCACUUCAGAGCACCUGACGGACGGUACGUGGUUCGUUUGCCGAUUCGUGAGGAAAUGUUGCACGCUUUGGGAGAAUCGUUCCCGAUAGCAAAUCGCAGAUUUCUUAGUACCGAGAGGAAGUUGGGCUCAAAUGAUAAUCUUCGAGCGGAUUAUUUUGAAUUCAUGACUGAAUAUGAAAAUCUCGGUCAUAUGGAACCUGUCAAGCCCGAUCUCACAAAGCCCCACUACUACCUUCCUCACCACGCCAUCCAACGUCCCGAAAGCACAACAACAAAAACUCGCGUCGUAUUUGAUGCGUCGUGCCGAGCAGCAAACAACAUUUCGCUGAACGACAUCUGCUACAUCGGUCCCACCAUCGUCGUCCAUCCAGCUGAUCGUCCUCUGCAGCAGAUACUGUGGCGAAAGAAUCCCGAAGCACCACUACAAACCUUUCGUUUGAAUACAGUAACAUAUGGUACAGCCCCCGCUCCGUACCUGGCUACUCGCGUCCUCAACCAACUUGCCCACGAUGAAGCCGAAAACUUUCCUCUUGCUGCCCCACUCGUACCCAAGCGUUUCUACGUGGAUGAUUAUCUUUCGGGCAAUGAUGACAAACAGCUGUUGAUUGCCGAAAACCACCAGAUGAUUGAGUUAUUGAAAUCUGGGGGGUUUACUCUUCGCAAAUGGUGCAGCAAUUGCAACGAAGUCCUCUCGCAGAUUCCAGAAGCACUCAGAGACUCUCGAUCCGAACUCGAUAUUGGCCAAUCAGGAUCGAUCAAAACAUUGGGACUUCGUUGGCAUCCGCAACCCGAUCAUUUCACUUUCAAUGUUCCUGAUCUCGAAACGUCGGCUCCAAUAACAAAACGAGUCAUACUCUCGGAAAUGUCUCGUCUCUUCGAUCCGAUGGGAUUACUCGGUGCCUCCGUCGUAAGCGCAAAAAUAUUCCUACAGUCGCUUUGGUCCGAAAAGUUUUUGUGGAAUGAUCCGUUGCCAGUACAUCACCAAACCUGGUGGCAGCAAUACCGACUAAGCUUCAAAACACUUACUGAGGUAAUUUUCGUUAAGGAUGAUAUAAAGAAAGACAUUUGUGCGAGAUAUUUUUUGGAACAAAACUAUACUCAGCUAACGAAUGAAGAUAAGAUUAGCAGCGGUUUAUCGCAGAAACCACUUGAUGAAACUAAUUUGAAUCGACGGGAAAUUCGUCUUCUUUUGUCGGAAAGUUCCUCCGGUCAACCUUUUCCGGCCAAGCAAACGGCAGAGGGAAUGGCUCCCGUGACUUUGCUAAAUGUCUUGAGGUGGUUCACUGGAACGAUUGGUUUCCUUCUUGGAGGAACAAAGUCCUGA